ACACGACCGCGGCGACUGCGGUGAUAACGAUCCGUAGUUUCGAGACCGACGAAUUCCUUUAGUUCCGUUCUGUACGACCAUCCGUCCGUCCGUGUGGUUCGUCGCGCGCAGAAAACUCGUCGUCGGUGGUGGUCACUCAAAUUGCAUGAGAUGGACGACCGGAAAAAAAGCCCAGAGCUGAAGUCCGACAGUUCCGAUUCGGCGGACGAGACCGACCCGUCGCGCAACAACGGCUGUAGCAACUAUGUGAUGUACCGUGACCGGCCCGAAUGGAAGGACGUGCAGCCGGUGGCUCAAGACGACGGACCGGCCCAGGUCGUUCGGAUCGCGUACUCCGAAAAAUUUUCAGAUGUAUUCGAUUAUUUCCGAGCAAUUAUUAAGUCUGGAGAAAAAUCUGAAAGAGCCCUUAAUUUGGUUACUGAUGCCAUAACUUUGAACCCGGCUAAUUAUACAGUUUGGAUUUAUCGAUUAGAAAUUGUUUUAUAUUUAAAAAUAGACUUACACAAUGAAUUAGAUUACAUAUCCAAUGUGAUCAGAGAAUUCACCAAAAAUUAUCAAGUUUGGCAAUAUCGUAAAAAUAUUGUUGAAAUGUUAAAUGAUCCAUCAGGUGAAUUAGAAUUUACUGCUGAUAUUUUAGAUUUGGAUGCUAAAAAUUACCAUGCUUGGCAAUAUAGACAGUGGGUAAUUACUACAUUCAGUAAUUUAAUAGAAAAUGAGUUGAAUUUUGUUGAUGAUUUAAUAUCUCAAGAUAUACGAAACAAUUCAGCAUGGAACCAACGUUAUUUUGUUAUAAAUAUGUCCAAUCCAAAUGCUGAUGUAAUUGAUAAGGAGCUGAAGUAUACAUUUGACAAAAUACAAAUUUUAACAAAAAAUGAAAGUGCAUGGAAUUACCUAAGAGGAUUAUUAUUAUACUCAGAAAAUGGUAUUUUGGAAGACAAAGUUAGUACUUUUUGUACACAAUUAUAUGAUAAGGGAAAUAGAUCAAUACAUCUGUUGUCUUGUUUGAUUGAUUUACUGGAUGUUGAUGUAAAUUCUACUGAAUUGGAAGAUGUAGAAAAAGUUAAAUUUGCGUUAAAAUUGUGUUCUGAUUUAGCAUCAGUUUAUGAUCCUAUACGUCGGUCAUAUUGGGCAUACAUAUCUAGUAAUAUUGAAAAUAAGUACAGCAUUAAAGAACAUGAUUUUAAAAUUGUUAUAAGUAAUGGAAAUAACUAAAAUGCAUUUUAUUUAUAUUCAUAUAUUGUAUCAUUUUCUUGUGUACUUCUUACUUGUACGGUAAAUUAAACUAUUUAAUGAAUUAAAUUGUUCUUGACAAGUA